CGUUACUUUAGGAAGUUUAGGGUAUCACGCCAAAGUAAAGCAGUUCACUUCGCCGACAUGUUCGAUCCAAAUUUGAUUUUGUUUUAUCUGUGUUUCGUGACUGUACCUGAAAUUGCUUGGUCUGCCCGAGUCAACACAACAGCCUCGGAUGGGAAAGUGAUUAUUUCUGGAGAUUAUAACGAAGUUGUUGUAUCCAAUGAUGGAGCUGAUAAGAUUGCGCUGGCUAAGACAAAAAGCAGCUUGGAGUCAGUUAAGAAAUCGAACGCAGAGCUCUCUUCUCGGAUUCAGGCGAUCUCCCAGAGGUUGUCAGUUCUGGAAAGUCAAGGUACAAAUUUUUGGAGUCUGUAGACGAAUUAACGGUAUAAACUCAGUCAGCAAUAACUUCCGCGUUGUUUAAACACUUACGAUAAGAAUUUUCUAUUCUCGAAUUUCUUUUUUGGUCAGCCUGGGUAGUGCAUGUAAUUGUCAUUUAGUGAAGAAAACUUUUGGCUGUUUUCUCAAUACGUUUAAGCUCGUUCUUUUCACUGAAUUGCUCUUUCAACAGAAAACGCCGACUACGCUCUGCAAUUUACCCGCAAAGGGACAAGUGACUAUGUCAUCAAACGCGGCAUGCCAAGCCUCAAGGCAGUCACAGUUUGUUUCUGGAUGAAAUCUUCGGAUAAGGGGAAUGAAGGAACAGUGCUGAGCUACGCAGCCUCAGGAUCAAAAAAGGGCAAUGAACUGCUCCUCCACAAUUAUAGACAGUUUUAUUUGGCGAUCGGAAGUAGCCACAGGUACCACUGUCUUAUGAUAGGCUAGAUUGGUAGUCAACAAACAGGCUACGGCAGUGUAAAACUUAUUAUAGCAUAUUGUGGACCUUUAACGUAUAUUUUAGCAAGCUCCUCUGCCAGAUAAAAAUGCCAAGUGCAGAAAAUAAGUCAAGGAAACCGAUUUUGCUCUCCAUCUUUAAUAAAGAAUGUAAAAAGAGACGACAAUAGUGAAAUUCAUUUCAAUGAUUUAAUAUUUCAUUAGACAAACAGCUGUGUUGGCAAACGAUGGCCAAUGGCACCACAUCUGCUUAACAUGGGAGAACAGCGCUGGAUCAUGGAAGAUGUAUAAGGAUGGAAAGGUGGCAGCUUCUGGAAAAGGCUUUAAGACAGGUAUUUUUUUUCCUUCUGCGACUAUAGCGGUGGAUUUCACGGAGAAGUGUGAAUACUAUGACUAACACCAACUCUCUAAAGCCAGGGUAACGUACAUGUAAAAUAACUUGAAAACUUAACAGUAUGAUGACAAAAGCGCCUCAUGACAUGGAUGGCGUGUAAAAUUUGUUUGUUUUCGCUCAAAAAAUAGAAUAGAGCCAAUGAAUUGCGGAGCAAAGAAACACGUGCGAUCAAUAGCGCUGCGCACAGUUACUAUUCAUAGACCCGAAACUCAGACAAAAAAACUGAAAUCAACAUUAGCGAAUUCCUCACUUUUGUAUGACUUUUUUCAUUAAAAUGUCAUGUUUGUCUGUCUUUUCUCAUUAAAAUGAGAAAAAUGACAAAACUUGCAAAUCAGUCACUCUGACGUCAUUCGGGCGCUAGUGUGACCACCUACCCAUCCCCUGAGUCACAACCAACACUUACUUCUCACUUAGGCCAAAAUUAUGACUUAGGAGAGGGGUAGGUGGUCAGUUAAACAGAAACAAACGCGUUAACCAAGUUGCUUUCUAAUUCUUCAAUUUCCAGGUUAUGUGAUUCGUGGUGGUGGGGUGCUUAUACUUGGUCAAGAACAAGAUUCACUUGGAGGAUCCUUUGACGCCAAUCAGUGCUUCAUUGGUGAAUUGACGGGUGUCAACAUCUGGAAUCACGUGAUUGACGAGCAAGAGAUCAACCACAUGACCAAGUCCUGUCUGAGAGGGGUGGGGAACGUAUUCCAGUGGAGCGACUUCAAGUCUCACGUGAAAGGCUCAGUGCGUUUGAUUAAACCGUCAUGUUAG